CUUCUUACAUCUACUUACCACAAGAAGAUGAAAAACGAGAAUGUGUGUUCUGAAAACCCUGCAUUUUCUUUCGAUGAUGGUCUGUUAUGUGAUGAGCAAGAAAACGAUUUGGAUUUCGGAUGUGGGUUUGGGUUUGGGUUUGGUUUAUUUGAACAAGAAAUUCAAAUCGUGAAACAAAAAGCUCAUCUUUUUACCCAUUUUGAACAUGAUCUGUUAUGGGAAGAAGACGAGCUUGCUUCUCUUUUAUCUAAAGAGAAAAAUCUUGUUUCAGAAGAAGGGGAUUUGUUCAGUGAUAGGGUUUUACUAGGUUUAAGGAAAGAAUCUGUCGAUUGGAUGAUUAGGGUUAGUACCCAUUACGGAUUCGUUGCUAUGACAACCAUUUUGGCUGUUAAUUACUUCGAUAGAUUCUUGUUGAGCGAUUCUUUCCAGAAAGAUAAGCCGUGGAUGAAUCAGUUAGCUGCUGUAGCUUGUCUUUCUCUAGCUUCUAAAGUUGAAGAAAUCCAUACCCCUCUUCUCUUAGACCUCCAAGUCGAAGGAUCAAAAUACGUAUUCGAAUCCAAGACUAUAAUGAAAAUGGAGCUUUUAGUGCUUUCUUCUCUUCAAUGGAAGAUGAAUCCAGUAACCCCACUUGCAAUCUUCGAUUACACAAUGAGGAGGCUUGGUUUAAUCACUCAUCGUCUUCAUUCAGAGUUCAUUAACAGAUGCGAAAGACUUGCUCUUGCUGUCGUCAAUGAUUCAAUGUCUCUGGUUUAUCUUCCAUCUGUAAUGUCCUCUGCUAUAAUGUUUCUUGUGUUCAACGAGAUUGAUCCUGACAACUCAUUAGAUUAUCAAGAACGAGUCAAAGGUUUUCUUGAAAUUAACGAGGAAAAGAUAGAGGAGUGUUCCAAUUUCAUCCUGGAAGUAUCAGAAACGCAAGGUCUAACUCAUAAGCGAAAGUACCAUUUUACCCCUGAGAGUCCAAAUGGUGUGAUUGAUUCCUAUUUCAGCAGAGAGAAUUCUAAUGACUCAUGGGCAUUUUCGUCAUCUGUUUCAUCUUCACCGGAGCCUGUUUUCAAGAAGAAUCGGGUUCAGGAACAACAAAUGAGACUGGCGCGCCAGCAUGUCGUGUGAAGCUCGUUGAACUUUGAGGGUAUUAUGGUAAUUUCACAAACCCUUGUUUUGAAUAUUUAUUUGCCGAAGUAUGUUGUUUAAGGUGUAACUCUGCAACACUAAUCAAUAAGUUUUGCUGAUAGGACCUUCAUUCUUGUUAUGUUGACUUUUUUUCUUGUUAGAUUUGACUUUGUUGAAGUAGAUCUAAAAAAAAAAUUAAUUUAUCGAGAUUCUUGAUUGUUGUUUUCUUGAUCAAAUUGUUUGUUUUUGACUCAAUCAACUUGUUGAAAUAUGACUUAACCCAAUAAGCUAUAAAGAUAACGUUUUUUUAAUUUAUUACUUAACACAUAAAGAACAAUUCGAUAGAAAACGUUAGAAAAAAAUAAGUAUUUUUGCGUUAGAUUUUGUUUUUUUUGGAUGAGAUUUGAUUAAAUAGACAACCCCAAUGGGUACUUUUUAUUUAAAAAACAAUAUUAAUAAUUAAGUUAUGAUUACUUGUUUACUUUUAUGUAAUUAUUAAUAUUAUUUUUACUUUUUAUUAUAAAUGCUAAUUAUAUAUAUAUUUUUAAGAGGAAGGUUUCUUGAAUUUUAGGAAUAGUUUAUGGGAGGUGGUAUUUUCCAUUUAUGAUUUUGAUUCGUCGCGUUUUAACUUUUAUACCUUUCGUUAUGUUUUUGUAUCCAAUUAAAAUGAAG